AUGCAUGAUGGGAACUGCGAUCGCGUGAAUGGAACAUGCAAAUGUGCAGCUGGCUGGACCGGGCCCGCAUGCGAAUUCGUCUGCCCAUUUCAACAAUACGGUGUGAACUGCGCUGAGAAAUGUAAUUGCUUGCGUGGAGCGAGUUGCAACCGAACUGACGGCACUUGCCAUUGUUUGCCUGGUUCCACAGAUGCGAGCGCACUUGUCCAUAUGGUCAAUUCGGUCAGCGUUGCGAAGAGUUGUGUCUUUGCGAGAAUGGUGCAAGUUGCGAUCCGGUUAGUGGGCACUGCUUCUGUGCACCUGGCUGGAGAGGACGUAAAUGUAACCGACGUGAGUUGCUUUUCUCAAGGCUAUUUAAUUGUUUUGUACUAAGA